AUAACUUCGCAACUGCGUAUGUGGCAAGGAGACGGUGACCGCUCCGCCAAAGGCCCACUGAUUUUGCAGUAUUUUACGGGAGACAGCAGAGAUUCUCCAGAAAGUACAAUUUAUGUCCUCGUAGAAAUAAGUUUAGUUGGAAAUCACACCUGUUAAAGGAUGAAUGUCUGCGUGAUUUUCUUGUUUGCAUUCGGAGUCUGCCUGCUCCAUCCUGUUGUUACAUUAACGCCAUUGCCUCACACCACAUGUGUCAGGACUUAUAAGAAGCUUGGGUGUUUUGGGGCGAAGUCCAAGCCUUUAGACGAACUUUUGAUAACUGACAGGGACUUGAAGAGCCCCAAGAGUGACGGACAUAAGUUGAACUGGAAAGAAUGGGAAGAAUCUAUUCACAGCCUGGCCUGCCGCUGCGCCGAGGCAGCACGGAAAAGAGGCUUUAAAGUGUUUGGACUGCAGAACUAUGGAGAAUGUUGGAGUGGAGCUGGUGCAGAAAAAAAUUAUAGCAACGAUGACCCUUCAAGAGAAUGCGUAAUGAUUCUUCAAAACCCCCCUCCACCCUGUGAUAUAAACGACCCCCAGGAAUGUGCGGGAAAAAGCAAUGUAAACUACGUUUAUAGCCUCGACUCGAAUCAAGGGGAAGAUAAAUGCGCGAGCUCUCCGUGUAAAAAUGGCGGAACAUGUAACGACACUGUUGGAGGUUUCACAUGCGCAUGUCAAAAGGGAUACAAGGGAAAACACUGCGAUCAAGACGUAAACGAGUGUGACUCUACACCUUGUAAGAACGGAGGGACGUGUAUAAACACAGUGGGUAGCUAUGAGUGCAAGUGUAAGCCACGAUACACUGGGAAACACUGCGACCAAGAUGUAAACGAGUGUGAGUCCAAACCUUGUAAGAACGGAGGGACGUGUAUAAACACAGUGGGUAACUAUGAGUGCAAAUGUAAGCCGGAAUACACUGGAAAACACUGUGACCAAGAUGUAAACGAGUGUGAGUCCAAACCUUGUAAGAACGGAGGGACGUGUAUAAACACAGUGGGUAACUAUCAGUGCAAAUGUAAGCCAGGAUACACUGGAAAACACUGCAACCAAGAUGUAAACGAGUGUAACUCUACACCUUGUAAGAACGGAGGGACGUGUAUAAACACAGUGGGUAACUAUGAGUGCAAAUGUAAGCCGGGAUACACUGGGAAACACUGCAACCAAGAUGUAAACGAAUGUAACUCUACACCUUGUAAGAACGGAGGGACGUGUAUAAACACAGUGGGUAACUAUGAGUGCAAAUGUAAGCCACAAUACACUGGGAAACACUGUGACCAAGAUGUAAACGAGUGUGACUCUACACCUUGUAAGAACGGAGGGACGUGUAUAAACACAGUGGGUAACUAUGAGUGCAAAUGUAAGCCGGAAUACACUGGGAAACAUUGUGACCAAGAUGUAAACGAGUGUGAGUCCAAACCUUGUAAGAACGGAGGGACGUGUAUAAACACAGUGGGUAACUAUGAGUGCAAAUGUAAGCCGGAAUACACUGGAAAACACUGUGACCAAGAUGUAAACGAGUGUGAGUCCAAACCUUGUAAGAACGGAGGGACGUGUAUAAACACAGUGGGUAACUAUCAGUGCAAAUGUAAGCCAGGAUACACUGGAAAACACUGCAACCAAGAUGUAAACGAGUGUAACUCUACACCUUGUAAGAACGGAGGGACGUGUAUAAACACAGUGGGUAACUAUGAGUGCAAAUGUAAGCCGGGAUACACUGGGAAACACUGCAACCAAGAUGUAAACGAAUGUAACUCUACACCUUGUAAGAACGGAGGGACGUGUAUAAACACAGUGGGUAACUAUGAGUGCAAAUGUAAGCCACAAUACACUGGGAAACACUGUGACCAAGAUGUAAACGAGUGUGACUCUACACCUUGUAAGAACGGAGGGACGUGUAUAAACACAGUGGGUAACUAUGAGUGCAAAUGUAAGCCGGAAUACACUGGGAAACAUUGUGACCAAGAUGUAAACGAGUGUGAGUCCAAACCUUGUAAGAACGGAGGGACGUGUAUAAACACAGUGGGUAACUAUGAGUGCAAAUGUAAGCCGGGAUACACUGGGAAGCACUGUGACCAAGUUGUAGAUCCAUGUCUCAGUAGCCCUUGCCAACACGGAGGAAGCUGUGAGAGAGAAGGCGAUGGCUUCAAAUGCAAAUGUGUUACAGGAUUCACUGGUACACAAUGUGAAAAAGAUGUAAACGAGUGUGAUUCCAAACCUUGUAAAAACGGAGGGACGUGUAUAAACACAGUGGGUAACUAUGAGUGCAAAUGUAAGCAGGGAUACAUUGGGAAACACUGCAACCAAGAUGUAAACGAGUGUGAGUCCAAGCCUUGUAAGAACGGAGGGACGUGUAUAAACACAGUGGGUAACUACGAGUGCAAAUGUAAGCCGGGAUACACUGGGAAACACUGCGACCAAGAUGUAAACGAGUGUGAGUCCAAACCUUGUAAGAACGGAGGGACGUGUACAAACACAUUGGGUAACUACGAGUGCAAAUGUAAGCCAGGAUACACUGGAAAACACUGUGACCAAGCCUUAGAUCCAUGUCAGAGCAACCCUUGUCAACAUGGAGGAACCUGCAGGAAAAAAGGAAAUGGCUUCAUCUGUAAAUGUGUUAAAGGCUUCAGUGGUAAACGCUGUGAAAACGAUGUUAACGAGUGUCAGAAGAGUCCAUGUCGAAAUGGAGGCACGUGUGUGAAUUAUGUGGGCAGCUUUCACUGCCUGUGUCGCCCAGGAUUUCAAGGGAAACUUUGUAAACAAGAUGUUAAUGAGUGUUUUCCAUAUAGCCCGUGUAAAAACGGAGCUCGUUGCGUGAACAGACAUGGCGGAUUUAAAUGCUUGUGUCCUGCAGGCUUCACGGGAAUGCUGUGUGAUCAAGAUGUUAACGAGUGUCAAAAGAGUCCAUGUCGCAAUGGAGGCACGUGUGUGAACAAGAUGGGCAGCUUUCACUGCCUGUGUCGUCCAGGAUUCGAAGGGAAACUUUGUGAACAAGAUGUUAAUGAGUGUCUUCCAUAUAACCCUUGUAAAAAUGGAGCUCGUUGUGUGAACAAGUAUGGCGUAUUUAAAUGCCUGUGUCCUGCAGGCAUAACAGGAAUGUUCUGUGAUUUAGAUGUGAAUGAGUGCCAGGAGCCUUUGUGUAAAAAUGGCGCUACAUGUGUCAAUACCCAAGGAAGUUUUCACUGCAAAUGUAAGAGUGGGUACAGUGGAAAGUAUUGCGAUAAAGGUGACUGUUCCAACCCUGCUGGCCGAUAUGACCUGGGUAUAAUUAUUGAUGGCAGCGGAAGUGUUGGUAACUAUGGAUUCGCACAAACCAAGAUGUUCCUCUUACAACUCAUCAACCAGUUCAAGGUCGGAGCAGAUGCAACACAUUUUGGAGUAAUUAUAUACAGUGACUUUCCAGAGUUAAUCAUCAGAUUCUCUGACGCGAUGUACUACCUCCCGAUCCGGCUGAAACUGAGGAUCCUGGGACUAGAGUUCCCGGAUGGAGAGACGAGAACCGAUAAGGCCCUGAAAAUGGCGGGAACAAAUUUAUACGCGGCUAGUCAGUGCAGGGACCAAGUUCCACAUGUGCUAGUGGUAAUCACAGACGGCGACACUGCACAAGGCAGUGAGACUUACAAAAAAGUUCUGAAACCUCUCAAGGAUCGCGGAGUGAGUAUCAUAGCUGUUGGGGUUGGAAGUGAAGUAAGCACGAACGAGCUAAAAGAGAUCGCCAUGGGAAGAAGUGACCGCGUCUUACGAGUUACAACGAUAAAUGAGCUCGACAGCAGCAAACUCGCUGACAUGAUAAAAAGUAUUUGUUGAACACUCAAGGGAUUCUUGGUUCACAGAACGGUUAUUGAAACGUAUAAGACAAAACGUAUUCUAAAGGGAAACAAACCUCAAUGCUAAAUGAAAUGGGACACGCGGGGUAUUGUGUAACUUGCUUUCUACGAGACGAUACUUGGAUUUACCAUACUACUUUACUGGAAGUAUCGUGGCUAAUUAUUGAUAAAAAAAAGUCAAGUAAGACUUGGUUUAACUAAAUAGGUUGUAAACACAAUAAAUAAACGCUGUUUGCUGUUUA